AUAUAAAUAUGAACCGUUUUCAGUGGCGGCAGUUUCAGGAAAAACCAGGAACAUUCACGAGCGCAACCAGCAAAACGACUGUGAGCAACUCAAAUGGCGACCGUAGAGCCCGAACCUUCUUCUUCUUCUUCCUCCAUUUUCUCACAGAAAAGCUCCAGGCUUCCAGACGACACCGUUUUCUAUGCCAUCUUCCCCGAUUUUUCUUUAAAACCCUCUGAUGUUACUUCCCUGCAAUCCCUGCACCUUCAAAUCCUCCAAACCCUCACUCCCUUCACCGCCGACUAUAUAUGGCAGCACGAACCCUUCACCCUAUCAGUCUCAAACUUUCCCAAGCCUUCAUGCCUCUGCUCCAACCACCUUCCUCACCUCCAUGGCAAGCUCCGAUACGGUGACAACCUCGACGACGAGUGGUUCGCCGUUUUUCUCCUCUUCGAAAUCUCCCGGAGAUUUCCAAACCUCUCCAUUCGAGUUUGGGACACUGACGGCGAGUUCUUGCUCAUUGAAGCCGCUUUCCACCUCCCUCGCUGGCUCAAUCCCGAGAACAGCCUCAAUAGGGUCUUCGUUCGCAGCGGCGACUUGCAUAUCGUUCCGAGAGAUCGUUUUCCCAGCCCGAGUCUCGAAGAUUCCUUGAAAUUCAUCGCCAAUUGCGGUGGGGAUUCGAGGGCGUCUGAGUCUGUCCAAACCAUGGUGAAGAAUAGGAUAUCGGAAUAUCCGGACAGGGCAAGGAGGGAUAUGCAUAGGGUUAGGGUUAGGGUUCCGGUGUCGGUUGCUCAGGUUUUGAAACACGAGCCUUGCUUGAUUUCAUUGGCGGUGGAGGGCUUCUACGACCGCGAUAUAGAUACGAUGAAGUACGCGGCGAAAAUGGAGAGGUUCUUGAGCAAAGGGAGAGAGAAAGAGUUGGUAUGUGUGUCGGUGAAGAUGUCUAGAGCGAUGUACGCACAGUUGGUGCAGCAGACGUUUCAGGCACCCAAGUGCUAUCCAAUGCCGAAUAGGAGCUCUGCAUCAGAGUUUGUAGAGGCUGAACUGGGAAUGAAGAUUGCUUGUGGGUUUGAGAUGAUGUAUCAGCAGCGGAAGCGGGAGGGUUUGGAAGGGAAAGGGAGUACAUGGGAAGCGUUUAAGGAGAGUUUGGAAAGGAGCGGAUACUUUGAAGGGCUGCUUCCUGGGUCCAAAGAGUAUCGCCGGUUGAUGCAGAAUGCCGAGGAGUAUUACAGGAGUAGUUCUUCGUUUUCAAGAGCCAGUGAGAUGAUGAGUGCUCCUGUGAGACUUGUAGAUGAGAUUCUUGCAUUACCUCAUUCUGCUGAGGACUUUAGGGGUCAAGAGGUUCCUCCAUCAGAUGAUGAUUCCUGGCUCUACAAUGGAGAAGAAGAUUUGAACUAUGCUCUUCUAGAGAGACAAAAGGAGCUGGAACUUUAUAAUUUGAAACAUAAAGACAAGCAAAAGAUGAAUAUUCCUCAAGAUGCUGGUCCAUCAUCCAGUUCUAAAGUUGAUGAGUUUGAUCCUGGUGAAAUAGCUAAAACGAUGCAGGCAUUUGUCCAUAAGGUUUCAAGCUAUAAGGGAGCUGAGGUUCCUGAGAACAGGGACCUAAAAGAAGUGAACCUAGACGUGGACAGCUUCAUUAAAGAAAUGGAAUCAAUAAUGAAGCGCCAAGGUUCUCAAGAUGAUGCUUGUGAUGAUGAUUUUGAAGAAGGGUCCUCCUCUGACUUGGAUUUUGAUGAGUCUGAAGAUGGAAGUGAUAUUGCAGAACCUUCUGAAGUAAAUGGGGAUGGGGAGGAUGUUUUCAUGCAUUCCUAUUCUGAUGCUUUGAAUGAGGAACUGAAGAGCACCACACUUGAGAAAAGUUUUAUUCGUGCCAACGAGCAAGCCCCACAAAAGAAAGAGGGAACAUCAAAGGGGUCGGAAGAUAUGGAUGAGGACUUCACUCCUGUGGAUGCGGAUGUGAACCUUGUAAAGAGCUUCCUUGAUUCUUUUUCUUCCCAACAAGGCCUUCCUGGUCCUGCUUCCAAUUUGCUUGGGCUUAUGGGUUUUCAACUCCCACAAGAUAAAAAGGGCAAAUGAAGGUUUUUGUUCCAGAGUUCAUGAUCUUCUGCUGUAAUACUAGUUACCUAAGCUUCCUGCCAUGGUGAUACUUAUUGUCAUGGGUUGUAUAUACAUUUUUAUUUUUAUUUUUUCAUCUUAAAUAUAUAUUAUUUUUAUUAAAGUUUUAAUUUC